AUGACAUCGCGAGCUCCCAUCAUCGUCUUCAUCCUCGGCGUGAUCGUCCUGCCGGCUCUGGUGGAGGGAUUCGGCAACUGUAAGUCGACCAACGUCUAUCAUAAAUUACUAACAACUCCUCUGGGGACCUCCGUGAUUCCUGCUCGACAAAUACGAGUGACCCUGGGCGAGCACAAUCUGAGGGCGCCGGAGUAUCUGAUCGAGAGCAAGGUGGCCGUGCAGAGGGUGAUGGUGCAUCCUGGCCACGCCUGCGGAGGAUACGACGACGAUAUAGCUCUUCUGGAGCUGGCUAGGCCCGUGUCCUGGUCGCCGAAUGUACAACCGGCCUGCUUGCCUCCGGCCUCCGGAAACCCCGGAUACAGCAUCUUCAGGGGAGAGCAUGCAGUGGCUGCAGGGUGGGGCUGGCUGGGCGAGAACAGGGACACAAACAAGAGAGCGGACGUCCUGCAAAAGGUCGGCGUCAGGGUGGUGGACAACAACGUGUGCCGGGAAUGGUACGCCAGCCAGGGCAAGAAAUGGCGCGUGGCACCCGGACAGAUGUGCGCCGGCCACGAAGAGGGAGGUCGCGAUUCUUGCUGGGCUGACAGUGGCGGACCUCUGAUGGUCGGAAGCCAUCCCGGCGGCAGCACCAUGGUCGUCGGAGUGGUUUCUACGGGGAUAGGAUGUGCAAGACCUCGACUCCCGGGAGUCUACACUCGGGUCUCGGAGUACAUUCCCUGGAUCACGCAACAGACACUCUCGAGGAAAUAGCGGAACCUCUUUCAACAAAGGCGACUCGUUUCUGAAUCCUCUCGAAAAGCGACCUGCAACCUUGGCUGUUCGCGUGCAUAGUUGUCGUGAAAGA